AUGGUCGAGAAUGAGGGCACCUGCCUCUAUAAAGAGGCGCGGCUGAACAUCGAACCUGCCUUUCCUGGAUCAACAAUCGCAUUCACGCUCCCGUCGAGCUCCCUCAGCACCUUUGGCAGCCGACCAAAUGCGAAGCGCACUGUAAUCACAGAACAAUAUGCGGACCAGGACGAAGAUGCGUUCACAAGGCGCCAUCUGGCGACAGACGGGUCAAUGUUCUUUCGGCAACACCACGAAUACCCACGAAGCUUUCUUUGGCGCGUACUGGAUAACAGGAAGAUGCUCGAGAUACAGGCGGUCGACCUAGAUCACGACUACAAUGACAAGUUCGAAGCAAACCUAACCCUCCUCCUCCAGUUCCCAUCACCAAUUCGACCUUUCUGCGUAGCUUUCGCCGAGCCAACAGACCGCGAUGCCCUGACUGUCUUCGCGAUUACGACGGCGAACGAGCUAUACACCAUCACCCUACACCGCGACUUCUUUACGAACCCGGCGGCCUCGGAACAGGACAUAGAGAAUUGGUGCAAGAGGUCAGAGCCGGCGUUGUUCAGCGGGCGCAUUCCGUACCGGCUCGUCGCCCAAGAUGUAGAUGAGUUACUUGUAACGCUUGACGAUGGAGCUAUUUGUCGCAUGUCUUGGGACAAAACUCAUUUUUCAUGGGACGGAUCGCGGUACCAAAAUAACAAUUGGUCGGUUCGAGGCCUAUUGUCGUGGAAAACGCAGCCGACGGUUCGAUACGAAAAUGCCGAUCUCGCCAUAUCAGCCGCUGCUGCUGUUGCAAUAUCACCAGACAGACAGCACAUUCUGUCGGUAUGUCUAGAUCACACGAUAAGAGCUUGGAAUGUUGCGUCGGGAAAACAGGGCAUUCAGAUGGAUAUCUUAGGUCAUAACGAUCACGCGCUGGAGAAGAGUCAGAACUCCUACUUCAUUGGCCCCUCACAAUCCAAGCUUAUGGCUGUCCUGGAGGUCCUGGGAGGAAUUGGAGGUGCCACAUAUCACGUCGUCACAUUUUCGCCUAAACAGCACCAAUUCAAGUUCUGGGGUGUUAGAGACGCGGACGAUUCCCAAUUUGGGUUUUACGAUGCUGCCGCGGACGCCGAGCUCAUCCCCCCUAUCGAUGAACUUAUGAAUACAACCGUGUGGUCACUGGAAGAGUUUCACAUCAUCCCAGGACCUGCUGGAUGGAGAGGAUCAGAAAUUUGGAUACGGGCAAGAUCUGGGCCGAGUAGUAGGGUCUAUUCGCUCAAGUUCGAUCUCACAGAUGAUCCUGAUACACUGUCACAGACCUGGAAAAACGAUUGGGUGUCGGUCGAUUCAGGGCCACUGACCGUCGAAGCACUAACCAAGAGUUCUAAAAACCCCAGCAAACAAGACCGAGAUAUAGAACAAGGCGAUCUGGAGUUAUCUGAACCAUGGCUUGACUUCCUAUUUUAUCCGGGGCGGUUUACCAAUUCGACACUGGAAACUGCACUGCUCAUCUUUAAGAGGGGACUAGACCGGACACGGUUGGGCCGAUCGUCAAGUAGGGGCUCACUCAAAGAGCGUAUUUGCGCCACGGUCACAGGCCUCGCUAUGAGCAAGCAGCAUGCCAACCAGGACGCAGAACAGAUUGGCAAUGCUGUAGCUUCGCAAUGGCAAGCAUACUAUGGCCUUGUCAAGGACUUGCAUAAGCGGAGAGGAGACUCACUUUCUCUUGCCUAUGACAAAGAGACAGCCAUGCCAUGGCUUGUUCUUAGCGACCAGCUCUCGGCGAUACGGAAUUGUAGCGAGCUAGAAAUCACGGCUUUGAACGCGGCAACCCUGUCGUCAUCACACAAGCUAAGUAAUCCUCUUCGCAAAGCUCUAGACAGGCCUGAAUCUCGUGAUGUGGCGCGACUUCUGAAUGCGGCCUCUUCAUUUCGACAACGGUUGCCAUGGUCUGUGCAACAAGAAGUUGAACGGCACGUGGAGAUGGAUUUACUCCAGAGUCGCUCUCUUACUAUCAUCGAUCGCAUGGAGUGGAUUGAAGGCCAUAGCGAGCUGUUACAGCAUGUAUCAGAUGAAGACUUGUCGCAACUCGUCGAAGAACUCGGAACUGAAGUGAAGGAUCUUACCACCGAUACAUUCCUUCGGGCCAUCAAGACGUUAGGUUACGAAGAGGAAGGCCGAGUCAACUCAAGAAAGCAAAUCGCACGCUAUGGCCUGAGCGCUCUACUUAGGGUGUCUCAGGAGACGCUGCAGGCAGAUCACGACACCUUGUUAGAUCUGCUCAUAUUGGUCUUGUUCAUGUUCGUUGAGUUGGAAGGAGAGACACCGGAAGACUUCGACGCAUCAGAGGUCUUCGUAGAACUUAUUGUUCAGUACAAGGACUGUAUGACAGUAUCGUGGCUUGCUAGCACAGUGUGGGCACGUCAGAGUUCCACUGGGCCAGCAUCAGAGGUGGUGAACCGAACCCUGAGCGAAUCCCUGAAGAAUGAAAAGAGGCUUCCCUUCAUGCAGACCGUGCUGGAAGGAAUACACGGUCAUCACGCAUUCGACCUACCACUUCCUAAGGGUUCGAAAGCCAACCUGCUCUCACACUGGAGUCGCGCUUGGAUAGCAUCAGUCUUCAAGGAGCAAAACUAUGAUAGUGUGGUGGAAGACACUAUGGGUUACUUGCUCGCUCAAAAAGAGUACGACCUAGCACUGAAUUUUUCGAAGUUCCUUAUUGAGAGCAACUGGAACUCAUAUCUGAAGGGCCGGUUACACAUAGCAUUGGGUGAAAAUGCAUUCGCAUCUGUGUGCUUCGAGAAGGCAGCGUAUAAUCUUGCGUUGGGACUGUUCAAUAUCGAUGAUGCCGACUCAGCAAGUCUGAUAUCGGAGGCUGAGCGAAAUUCAUUCUCAGAUGGCCUUGCAAGAUAUUACGGCCAUGUCAUCGGCUUGUUCGAGAAGGCCAAGGCCUACUCUUAUGUCGCGGACUUUGCGCGAUUAGGCCUAAGGUCAUUGAAGGGCCGGGAGGAUGAAGAGCUGAGGACCGAUCUGCUUCAACGUCUUUUCACGGCUUCGGUACAGACAUGCAGGUUCCACGAGGCGUACUCUGCCAUGACUAGGCACAGCGAUGCUGCCUUAAAACACUCGGACCUUCAAACCCUCAUCACGUCCAUGAUAACACAGUCACAAGCCAAAGAACUUCUCAAGUUGCCCCUUGUUGGCCUAACGGAAGACGUGGAUGCCAUACUCUCUUCCCUCUGCCAGAAGACACUCAACCUCGCAUCUGGACCCCCUUACCACCAGAUCCUCUACUCCUUCCGUAUAUCCCGCGGCAACUUUCGCGGCGCUGCAUCGAUCCUCUACGAACGACUGCAACGCCUGAAAACAACAUCUUCGAAAAUUCAUGAUCCAGCGGAUGAAUCGCUAACGCAGUGCUACCUGAUGAUUAUCAAUACACUCUCGUCGGUCAGUAAAGCGGACGCAUAUAUCCUAGCUGAGCAGAAGACUGAGGGGGGUGGACCGCCGCAGUGGGGUAUUGGCCAGGGCAAGAAACUGCUCAAGCGGCAAAUCGUCACUUUGGAGACGCUGAGAAAGGAGUAUCAGGCCGAGCUUGACCGCGUAGCAGCGAUUGAGAGCGGGCAAUUUCCGUUUGUGGACCCGACGGAGGAGAUGGAUAUCUUGUAA